AGCUGCAUCUCCAUUCCGCAUACAUUCACCCCACUUCUUGCGUACCUCAAUAGUCGCUAUCAUCAUCAUUCAAUUGAGCCAUGUCCAGGACUAAGAAGAGGGCGCCCGGCGGAGGAGGCGGCGGGGGUAAGAAUUGGGGAAAAGGCGGUAAGAGAAAGGCACCGGGCGGACAAGGUGGACAAGCAAAUCAGCAGCAGCAGAAGGGCAACGAUGGCUGGUCUACGCUCGACAUGAACAACAAGCGCUUCGAGGCAUACUAUAUGGACCAAGGCAUCGUGCCGCAAGAAGAGUGGGAAGCAUUCAUGGACGCUUUCCGCCAGUCGCUGCCCACCACCUUCCGCUUCACAGCUGGCAAGACAACCACUCGUCAGCUCAUUACUCAGAUGCAAGAGAGGUUUGUUCCUGAACUGUCCGGUGUCGAAUUCGAGGGUGAGCCAGUGAAACCACCUCAGCCUCUCAGCUGGUAUCCCGAAGGGCUGGCUUGGCAGGUAGAUGUUCGCAAGUCGGUGCUCAGGAAACAGCCUGAUUUCCAAAAUUUCCAAAAGUUCCUGGUCAAUGAGACAGCAGUCGGAUCUCUCUCGCGACAAGAAGCCGUCUCAAUGAUCCCACCCCUCUUCCUGGACGUGCAGCCUCAUCAUCUCGUCCUCGACAUGUGCGCCGCCCCCGGAUCCAAGACUGCUCAGCUGAUUGAAGCUCUUCACAGCCCCAUGACCUCUUCGCCGGAGCAUUCCGAUCCGUGCCCGCCUGGCCUGAUCAUGGCAAAUGAUUCCGACGUUAAGCGAGCAUACAUGCUGGUACACCAAGCUACAAGACUGCCAUCGCCCAAUCUCUGCGUGACCAACGUCGACGCCGGAGCUUGGCCUAAGAUACAGGUACCGUGGAAGGGCCAAGACCCUUCGAGUUCAGUGGUAGUCAAGGAUCUGAAGUUCGAUCGGAUUCUGGGAGAUGUCCCCUGCUCGGGUGACGGUACUCUCAGAAAGAAUGUCGCAAUUUGGAAGGAGUGGACCACUACAAACGGGCAAGGCCUUCAUCCUCUCCAACUCCGCAUUUUGCUGAAAGGUCUUGGAUCUCUCCGUCCCGGAGGCAGGAUGGUCUACUCGACUUGCUCCCUGAACCCCCUUGAGAAUGAGGCCGUAAUCGCUGCAGCUAUAAGAGAAUGUGGAGGCAAGGAUGGAAACAUUCGCCUGGUCGACGUCUCGAAUCAGAUCCCUGAGCUCAAGAGGGCUAAGGGUCUGACUACAUGGAAGGUCUGCCCCGGAAAAGGAAGGCAUCUGUUCGAUGGAAGCGCCAACAACAUGCAGCCCAAGCAAGAGCCCAAGUCUGCCAAAGCAGACAAAGCAGCAACAGCAGGAGAGCCUGCGGAAGAAGACGAAGAUGCCGCCUUCAACGCUCCAGAGCAAACCACACAUCGAGACGAUACAACAGCGGAGAAAGGUCCUGAGCCCACUGCUGAAUCACCCGGAUACAGGCAGACCCUACCUGCCGUACCAUGGGUGGACAGCUGGCAGCGUCUGAAGGAGCUCGACCCAUCGAUGGCCAAUAGAGUGCCCAAGUCCCUUUGGCCAGCAGGAGAUGAGGCCGAGCUCGGUCUCGAACGCUGCAUGAGAGUGUACCCACACUACCAAAACACUGGUGGCUUCUUCAUUGCCGUUCUGGAGAAGAAGGGUGCAGCAGAUGUCGAGAGUCAGUCGGCAGGUAUUGCACGUGCAGUCGAAGCGAUGGACAAUGGGGCAGCAGGACCAUCAUACGGAGCAUCUAGCAAGCGCGCUCUGUCUCCUGCUGAUGAUACCGAAGGUCAGGAGGAAGGGGGAGCGAAGAAGGCAAAGGUGGAUGAGGUCCAGCAAGUGACGGAGCCCGGUACUCCGGCAGCAGAGGCUGCGUCAUCAUCGAAAGUCGAUCAGCAGCAAAAAGAUGCUACCCCUGAGACCACCUCUAGCGCCCCUGCCACUGCCGAGCGCCAGUCGUCUAAGCAGAAGCAGCGCGAGACCGACAGUGGUUAUGGUCUGCCAGGGGGCACACCGUACAAGGAAGAUCCGUUCGAGUUCAUCCCGAUCACGAACGAGCAGGUCAUCAGCAUACACAAGUUCUUUGGACUCUCUUUAAAUUUCCCCUCCCGCAAUCUCAUAGUGAGAAACGCCGAGGCCAACCCGCUCAGGACAAUUUACCUCGCUAGUACAGCUGUGCGAGGCCUCAUCACAGGUGGUGGGCAAGGAAUGGGAGUGCAUCGUCACUUCAAUCCAGUCAAGCUGCGUCUGCUCAAUGCUGGCACAAAGGCAUUCGCAAGGCAGGAGUCAAACAAGAGCGGCGAUUUGGAGUGCAAAUGGCGAAUCAUCGGUGACGCUCUUCCUCCCAUUCGACCGUACUUGGCUUCUACUUCGGUCAUUGCUGCCACGCUGACAGAUCUGGCCUUCCUCUUGUCGGAAUACUACCCAAUCUUUGACCGAAUUCCUGCAGGCGACUUCAAGGAGACGCUGAAGGACCGGAAGAUGGGAAGCCAUGUGAUGGACGUGGCUCCCAGCGAGCACGAGAGCAUUGUACUGAAAGAGGGGAUCGAUCUUCCAAUUUGGAGGGCCGGUGCUUCCGUGAACCUGAUGCUCGACAAGGCCGACAGGAGUGCCCUCUCUUGCCGCAUCUUCGGCAAAGACGUCUCCACCAAUGCUCGAAUGAAGCUGGAGUCGAACAAGGGUGCCGUCAGCACAGCUGCACCGCCUGCUGAGCUCGCAGACGAGGUUGACACUGCUGCUGCUGAAGAGGGAGCUGACAAGGCACAAAUGCUCAAGACUGAAGUGUCGGAGGAGCAGGGCGCACCAGCUGAAGCAGAGGCUGUGGCAGAUGUAGCUGGGGAGGCCGCACAACCGUAGCCGUCGUGGUACUCACCAAUUGUACAGCCGUUAUAGGCCUCCGGUAGAGUCACUUUUGCAUGCAAUGGAUAUUUGACUGCACAC